AGUGGUCGAUCUCCGAGCGUUAGCAGUCACACAUUAUAGUAACAGUAGCGGAAUUAAACAAAAUAAUUCUAUUCAAAUUACCUACAAAAUUUUUAUAAGCUUAUUGUUUAUUAUCUUGACUUCGUUUCCGAGAUUUAUCUAUGACCAUGUAGUAGCCUCGCUACGCUGCAACCCUUCGCACAAGCAUUCAGAGGGUAGGAAUAAAAACAUAAUAAUGACAUUGCUGUCACUCUCCUAUGCCGACACAUUCCGACCCAGCCUCAUUCUUGUCCGUGCGCUCGCGCCGACUGCACAAGCUUAUAAAUAUAUAAACUAAAAAAAAAAAAAAAAAACUAAAAAAAAAAAAAAAUGCCUAAACGCAAACGCGAAGAAUCGAAAGAGGAACGUUGGUCAAGAAAAAUGAAGAAAUAUGAAGCGAAGCUUCUUAAAACACAGUGCACUAAGCGUAUUGUUUACUCCAGCGAUGAAGAUGAUGUACAUAUCGAAGAACAUCCGGUACCUGGAGAAACUGAAUUGUUUAAUGUGGGUAAUAUUUCAAGCGAACAGCAAGAAAUUUUCUCGGAUCUUGACUCGUACCAAGACCUUCCUCCUAAGGAAGUACCCUUAACUGUAACUGAGAAUAAUGAGGAAGUCGCAGAAUGCAUUGACUCGGAAUUAUUACAAGCCUUAGGAGAAAAUGAAUCGGAAAUUACUGAAUAUGGUGAUGAAAUAUAUAAAGAUAUAGCAACAAGGUUCCCAAAAAUUUUAAUAGAGGGCUUAAGAAAGGAAAAUAGAGAAGAACUUAUAAAGAAAUAUCUGUUUCCUAAAAAUUUGCCGUUCUUAAAGGCACCCACUCUAAACCCAGAGGUCCAUGCUAUGCUUCCUGAGCCUUGCCGUCUCCGCGAUAAACGUUUGAUUUGUAAACAAGAUCAGCUCGGACGUGCACUAUCAGCCCUAGGAAAGGCCAUGACGGCUCUUUUAAAGAAAGACCCUGUUAUAUCCGAAGUUAUUCGCAUAUUGAGCGAUACGGGAAAACUUAUCGCAGACUCCCACUACGCAGAAACAGACACCCGUCGGUCAGUCAUCAUUCCAUUAGUAGACAAAUCUUUGGCCGAUACUUUUAAAAACCGGAAGAGAGAUACUUUCUUAUUCGGAGAGAGUUUAUCUGAAGUAGUGAAGGAAUCUCGAGGAAUUAAGAAGACUAGUCAAUUAAUUCAAGCUACAGCCUCUUCUUCCAGCUCUGGUUUAAACUUCAGGGGCCCAUCGGCUCGACCACGUCAGUGCGCCAGUCAAACCAACUCGCAACAACGAGCCGGUGGGCACAAAACUUCAUAUGCGAAUCGGCGACGUGUAGUCGCCGCACCGGCGCCACACAGUCGCCGUCCGCAACCACCGCCGCCGCCGCCAGCGCGGCGCCAACCAGUCUACAAGCCGCGACCAGCAGCCGAUCGGUCGCGGAAUUAAAUACAGAAUCUCAGGUAU